CAUGCGUACAUGAAAAGGGGGAACUGAAAAAGGCGUGUGGUGGGGGGGGGGGGGGGAGAGAAGUUUACCGCGCAUGCGUAGAUAAGUGAGAACCAGCCAAGGCUGAUGCAGGCGAUGUAUACAGAGAGAAGAGGCGCUGCUGUCAGGCCACUGACACCAAGGCAACAGAAUGGAGUCCAAGUGUGGCAGUCAGACUACGCGAUUGUUCAGAUCAACUCUACAUACAUUCCUGUUAGGAGGUACCUUUGUUGCCUUGGGGUCAAGUCGUAUCCUUCUGAUGAAAUACUCUGCCAAUGAAGAUAAUAAAUAUGAUUACCUUCCUGCAACUGUGAAUGUGUGUUCAGAAUUAGUUAAACUGCUGCUCUGUCUGAUAAUGGCACUUUGGGUAACUAGAAAAGGAGGAUAUUCUCAUAGUGGAUUUGGCUGCAGCUCAUGGAGGCAAUUGUAUAGCUAUAUUAAGUGGUCAAUUCCUGCCUUCCUUUAUUUUCUCGAUAAUCUGAUUGUCUUCUAUGUGUUGUCCUACCUCGCACCAGCCAUGGCUGUGUUGUUCUCAAAUUUUGUCAUUAUAACGACGGCUCUCCUGUUCAGAAUAGUGCUGAAGCGGCAAGUCUCCUGGGUUCAAUGGGCCUCUCUGCUGAUUUUGUUCCUGUCUAUUGUAGCCCUGACUACAGGAACAGGGAGCAACAAGGAUAGCUUGGCUGUGCAUGGUUUUCAUCAUGACAUCUUUUUCAGCCAUUCAAACAGCUGCUUGCAAUACACCAACCCAGAGGAGGAAUGCUGGGGAAGAAACUGUACGGCAAAGUGGUCCUUCCCCAGUUUGAGCUGGAACGUCACAACUGGUAUAGGCACCUCAAGAACAGUUCACCUUGGCCUAGGACAUCUGCUCAUACUGGUACAGUGCUUUAUCUCUGCCUUGGCCAACAUCUACAAUGAAAAGAUAUUGAAAGAAGGAGGGCAGUUCAGCGAAAACAUCUUUGUACAAAACACCAAGCUGUACCUCUUUGGAGCGAUGUUUAAUGGCCUGAUGCUGAGUUUGCGUUCUGAAAACAGGCGUCGCAUAGAAUACUGUGGUUUCUUCUAUGGCCACAAUGCCUUCUCUGUGGCCCUGAUUUUUGUCACUGCCUUCCUGGGACUCUCAGUGGCUUUUAUCUUGAAGUUCCGGGACAACAUGUUUCACGUUCUGACAGCCCAGGUUACAACUGUCAUCAUCACCACAGUGUCAGUCUUUGUUUUUGACUUCAAACCUUCUCUGGAGUUCUUCCUGGAAGCUCCUGUUGUCCUUUUGUCCAUAUUUAUUUACCAUUCCAGCAGCCCUCGAUGUGUGGAGUAUACAGCUCAGUGGGAGAGGAGCAAACACAGCGGAGGUGCAUGGGAGCGCUCCAGCGGGCAUACAUUUAGAAGAACAUCCGUUGUAUUCUGUGGAGCUGAGAAAAGGCAAUACACUGUUGAGACAAGCCCACAGUCCACUUCACAGGAUGGAGAAGAACUUGAAAGACUUACCAAACCAGACAGUGAUCAUGAUUCAGAGGAAGAGGCCUUAUAGGAAGGGUUGGACUCUCAAAGUCCAGGCAGCUCUUGUCACGUUUUGCAGUUUGAAAUGUGAAGACAAGGAAUUACGACGGACAAGUAGAAUGGAUUUUUAAAAUGUUUUCCACACAAAGGUGGGCUUUGACUUGGUUUUCAUAAGUUGUACUUCUCAGUAUACAUCUAAGUGUUUUAAGUAAAUUGAGGGUGAGGCUUACUGAUUACUGAUACCAGUAUAUACCACCUCCACGGUCACCAAAUUACUGGGAAGUAUUUUUAUGCUGUGAAGCAAUAAUGGGAGAUGGCAACCUUUAUCGUGUGCUGCUUGUGACCUUUCCAUAGAUCAGUACAGAAAUGAUCAGUACAGAAUGGAGUCCCAAAGGCUUUUGAUGCAGAGAAAGAACAAUUUCAUCUACAUGUAUUAGACCUACUGACUCUUCGGCACUUUACUUAGGCUACUGAUUCUGUCAUACCCUUGCUGUUGGGGUUAACCUUGAUGCCUCAGUUGAGAGCUGAUAUGAGUAAAGAAUAGAUACAAAGAGCUAUUAAGGUGCCCAUCUUAUAACAUUACAAAGGUACAAAGGUAUUUGAACUAUUGUAUGACAUAAAAUAUAGGGAUGAAAUUAUUAUUAUUUCAUCACUUUUCAGAGUGUUUUGCCCAUUAAACGUGCUAAACUUGUCUUUGCCACUGUGUCUAUAUGCUGCAGGCAAGAGUGAUUUCAGGAAUGUUUGCCACUUGAAAGGACAAGCUGUAGAGCCUCCUCUGGUGAUUGGAUUGACUUUUGCAAUAUCCAAGUCUGGCUUUUGUCCUCUGGUUGUGUUGCUUAUUAUUUUUUAUGUAUGUGAUACACGGCUCUUCUUGCUGUGUGUAUUGAAACUAGAGCUUGGAAAACUUCUUUUUUUUACAAUUCUUUAUUCCAAUUCUUCACUUCUUCAAGAAAACAUUGCCAUUGUCCAUGCUAGCUGGACGAUUUUAAAGUCCAAAAUAGGGUUAGGUAUUCCCAUACAAUUUCCUCUUAUAAAUAAAUGGUUGUGUGCAUAAAUCUGUCUAGCUCUUUUUGCUGGUUAAGUAACUAUGGGAAGAACUUGAAAUAUAAAGCCUUCCUACUUGUGAAUUGUGCAUGAAACCAAUAACAAACAUUAUGAUCCUCACUUCUCAGUGCCAAACUACAAAGGAGACAAUAGAAAGGGUGAGAACAAAAUUCAGUGCAAGAAAGAACAGUUGUAAUAACAUAUUCUAAAAAUUGUAUUAAUGCAGCAAGUAUUUUGGUAUGUAUGAUGAGUGAAAUGUAAUGUUUUAUAAGCUGUUUUGAAGCUGAGGAGAUAUAUAAUGGUAAUAAUAAAGCUGCUUAUCCACAUUUGUAAAAGAAGUUACAGGAGAAUGCUACCUAUUUUGCAGAAAUCCUAUGGAGUGGAUAGAAUGGGAAGUCCUGGGGGGGGGAAGCCCCCCCUGCAUUUUUCUGGUGCCUCCUCCCCCCCCCCCCCCCCAUUUUUCUGUUUUUCCUCCAGUCCUUCCUAUCUCUAGGGGCAGAAUGCUUGAAAACAGUUAUCAUAAACACUCCAGUAAGUAAUAUUUAACAAAAUAAAGUGCAGCUGCUGAUUGCAGAGAUGACACCUAUCUUUCAGUGGGUUGGUAGAAAAGGCCAGAUUUUGAUUAUUCUACAAAACAUCUGUCUAAAUAGAGUAAUCCUUAAUUUGCCUCAGUAUUUCUUCAACAAUACUAUUACAAAUAAGAGUUUAUUUCUUUAAUAAGACUAACUUUGAAAUGGUUUGUAUUUAUGUAAUAGAACUUAAGUGUGCUUUGAUCUUUUUAAAUAUUGUGAUAGCCUACUGAUUAUUGAGCAAAUACAAUACUUGCUGAUAUAACAAGAUGUGACCUCUUACCAUUGUUUUAACAUAGGGUAUAUUGAAUUUGCUGUGGAACUCUGUCUGACUCUUUACCAGUGCCUGGGAUUAACUUAAUAUGGGAUACUUUUGCAUUUUGUUUGAAAUGUUUUACAUUCCAGAUUACUAUGCCACAAAAUCAAAUAAAUCACUAUGUCUGAACAAAA